UUUGUUUGUUUAUUAGGGAGCUCUCCAACCGCGUGCUGGUUUGGCUCCUGCCGCCGCCCUCGACGGCCAUUUCUACUCGAAUCUCUCGGUCGAUCCCGGCGCCAUAUCCGGCGAUAUAAGGCAAAAAGGAAGAGCAGCGGUUCCCUCUCGGCCUCUUUGUCGGUUCUUUUCGCCGUCAACGGCGUCGGAAAUUGAGGGAUUCGCCCGGAGGACUCGAAGAUCGAAGGAAGAUCCGGGCGCUGGGUAUCUCACCUUUUCAAUCUCGAGAUUAGCUUUCUGGAGUGUGAUCUUUGGCGCAAGAGGACACGGUGAUCAGGCAAUAUAUUGCUUAAAGGAAUAGAAGAAAUGGCACCAAGCAUUAGAAAGGCUCUGGGAACAGUGAAGGACCAGACUAGCAUUGGCCUGGCUAAGGUUUCAAGCAACAUGGCUCCUGAACUCGAUGUGGCUAUAGUCAAGGCAACCAGUCAUGAUGAUGAACCUGCUAAUGAGAAGUACCUACGUGAGAUUUUGAACAUGACAUCCUACUCCAGGGGUUAUGUCAGUGCUUGCAUUGCUACCAUUUCAAGGAGGCUUGGUAAGACUCGUGAUUGGGUUGUGGCCCUCAAAGCCCUGAUGCUUGUUCAUCGCCUUAUGGUUGAUGGUGAUCUUGCAUUCCAACAUGAGAUUCUCUAUGCCACCAGGAGAGGAACUCGCCUGUUGAACAUGUCUGAUUUCCGUGAUGAGGCACAUUCCAAUUCCUGGGAUCACUCGGCCUUUGUUCGCACCUAUGCUCUCUAUUUGGAUCAGCGGUUAGAGUGCAUAAUGUAUGAAAGGAAACAAGGUGGUGGCAGCAGCCGCUCAAAUGAAUCUGGAACCGACCGCUGGAGAUCCCCACAACGACAUGGUGACCAUGAUCCUUAUGCAUAUGGGAGUUAUGGAAGGUCCUCAUACUCGCCCCCUCGGGGUAAUAGAAGAGAUGGGUAUGAAGAACGUCAGGAUGGGGAAGAGAAGAAGCCACCAACACCACUGAGAGACAUGAACCCAGAGAGGGUGUUGGGCAAGAUGUAUCAUUUACAGCAGCUACUCGGGCGUUUGCUUGCUUCCCGUCCCACAGGCAAUGCAAAACAUAGCAGGAUGAUCCUCGUUGCUCUUUACCCUCUCGUACGAGAGAGCUUUCAGCUCUACGCCGAUACAUGUGAGAUACUCGCCGUUCUCCUAGAUCGCUUCUUUGACAUGGAAUAUCCUGACUGUGUCAAAUCAUUUGAGGCAUAUGCUAGUGCUGCAAAGCAGAUAGAUGAGCUGUGCAAUUUCUAUGCCUGGUGCAAGGAUACAGGAGUGGCAAGGUAUUCAGAGUACCCAGAAGUGCAACGCAUUACUGACAAACUUCUGGAGACAUUGGAGGAGUUUGUGAGGGAUAGAGGGAGGAGGCCAAAGAGCCCUCCACAAGAAACAAUCCCUGCACCUGCAGGGGAUGAAGAACCAGAGCAGGACAUGAACAGCAUCAAAGCUCUUCCUGCACCAUCUGACUACAAGGAAGAGGAGCCGGAGCCAGCAGUGGAGCCAAUCAAUCAGCAGCCUCCGGAAUUACCACCUGACCUGGUGGAUCUAAGAGAGGAUGGUUUGACAGCUGACGACCACUCUAAUAAUCUUGCAUUGGCCCUUUUCCAGGGGCCAGCAGCCGCAAAUGGUUCAUGGGAAGCAUUCCCUUCAUCAAAUAGUGACCCUGGAGUGACCUCCGCCUGGCAGAAUCCUGCAGCAGAACCCGGAAAAGAAGACUGGGAGCUUGUCCUUGUGGAGACUGCCAGCAAUCUAUCAAAGCAAAAGGCUGCAAUGGGCGGAGGGUUGGAUCCAUUACUACUGAAUGGCAUGUAUGAUCAAGGUCUAGUGAAGCAGCAAGUUAAUGCCCAGGCGAACGGAGGGAGCGCGAGCAGUGUAGCCUUGCCAGUCCCCGGACGAGGCUCCGCACCUGUGCUCGCCCUUCCUGCGCCUGAUGGUUCUGUGCAGACAAUUGGGCAGGACCCUUUCGCGGCAUCCCUCAGUAUCCCGCCACCUUCCUAUGUUCAAAUGGCAGAGAUAGAGAAGAAACAGCAGCUGCUAGUCCAGGAGCAGCUCGUAUGGCAGCAGUACUCGAAGGAUGGUAUGCAGGGUCAGGCCAGCUUGGUCAGGAUCAACAACGCCUUCAUGCCCAACCCCGGGAUGCCCUAUGGCAUGCCGGCAGGCCGGUACUACUCUCCUACCUAUUGAAUAUCUUGUUCCUAUUCAAUUAUGUAUUUUGUUUUGCCACAGUUUUGUUUAGUGUUGAUCACCCGCUGUUAUAUGGGUAUUGAUUAUAGUGUGUUCCAUGGAUUAUGUUGUGUUGAGAGACUCUUAUGGUGGUGGCAUAUAUAUUAUGUGAACCUCUUAAUCGAGUGCUCUCCGAACUAUUCUUUCCAUAUUAUUUGAUUGCAUUGGUUGGAGUUUUCUUUC